CAGUCAUCCUUCCACUGCUCUGGAAGAGAACAUAUGAAGUUUUAAAGGGUGGUCUGGUAGCGCUGAGUGCAGAGGCUGUGUGCUUGUGCCUGGGAUGCCUCAGAGCCUGCUCUGAGAGCCAGUGCUACUGCAAGGAGCCUACAACUCAGCAUUUGUCACGUGGAGGGGAAAGGCAGGGAGGGUACGAAACUGCUGCUGGUAAGGAGGACUCCAAGAGUAGGGUGUGAGAGAAGGACUAUGAGAGAGAAACACAAUUCCCCAAGGCCUUUUGAGCCGUCAAUGCUUGGCAGUGCUGCCAUGUCUCUUGUCUUUCAUUUUUCAGGAAACAAUACUGAUAAUGUGACAGCUACUGAGGCACCAGAGGUGCCACCAACAGAACCUUCAGGAAACAGUACUGAUAAUGUGACAGCUACUGAGCCACCAGUGGUGCCACCAACAGAAUCUUCAGCGGAUUUCUGCCGUGGAGAUCCUUGUGGAACAAGUUCAGCUACGUGUGUUUCCUUACAUAGCAAUUACACCUGUGUGUGCCAAUAUGGAUACUACUACAGCAAUAAGGAGUGUUCGAAAGGGGACGUAUACCCAGUCUCCAUUUUAGUGAACACACCUUACAGCAAAAAUCUUGAAAUUGUAAAUUCCACAGAGUAUCAAGAACUGUCCAACAAUGUAUCAGCAUUUUUUAAGGAGGCCUUCAAAGAUCUACCAGGCUAUGUAGAAACUGUCAUCAAGAAAAUUGAACCUCUAAACCAGAGUGAAAGCAGAAAUUCUGGUCCAGGACUGAAUGUAACAGUGGCAAACCUGUUCACAGACAAAUCAGAUCGAAAUGAAACUACAGUUAGCAAUGCAAUAGCAGCUGCAAUCAAUAACCAGUCCUUUGUCACGUCUUCUCAGGAGGCAAAACAUUGUGCCUUUUAUGAAUGUGAUCCUAAAACCACAGAGUGUGAAGAGAAACGGUUUCCAGAAUGCAAAUGCAAAUUUGGUUUAGAAAAGACAAAAUGGAGUGAUUAUUCUUGUCCAGUUUGCAGUGCAAACUGCUCUGCAGCAAUAAACAAGUACUGUGUACAAGAAGAAGAUGGUCCAAUAUGCAAAUGUAUGAUUAACUUCAAAAGCAAGGAUGAAGAAUGUGUGGCUUGUACAGUGGGCUUCUCCGGGGAGGAAUGCACUGACAACAGUGAACUCAUCCUUAUAAUAGUGGGCACAGUGUUUGGAGCCAUUAUCCUGUGUUUAGUGAUAGCAGUCUCUGUUAUUUCAGUCAGAGCAAGGCACAAACAAAGUCCAGAGAAGAGGAGCCUGAUCCAGUCAGGGUAUUCUGACAUGUACACUGAUGACAGACCAAGCAUGUUCCCCAGGGUCCAGACCACCUCUGGCCAUGCAAACCCAGGAUAUCAACCCAACAACCCCUAUGAGAUGCGUUCCAGAAGCAGAGAUCAUUUUCCAGAGAGCGAUUAUGAUGAUAUGUAUGAAAUAUCACGGGAGCCCACAGGCUUUAGGAAACAGGGCAGAUACUGAGUGACCAGAGCAGCAGAAGGAUGGAUGAGCACCACAGCCCUGGAUCAGAGCAAAGAGUUUCACAACCUCUCACCAAUGCAGUGCUUCAGCAGAAGAGACAACAAGGACCUUAACCCCAGAUUCUCUCAAGAUUUUCUAGAGGAAGAUUCCUGCUUGAAAGAGAUCAUGGAUAACUUUGAAAUAAAGGAAUAAUGUUAGGGAGUAGGGAGAAGAAGAGGACUUCUUUUAAAAGAACUAAUGUGCUCCAAUAAACAUUAGACUUCUUCAAUGAGGCCAGUACAUUGGCAAGAGAGUGAGUGCACACAAGAUACCAGAAUUUUAACCCUGCUGGUUUUCAGCUCUUCUGGAAGCUCUUCUGAAAGCUCUUCUGGCCCAGGCAAUAUGUGUGAUGCUGAAGAACAUCAGUUCCCAGACCUUCGGUUGGAUUUGUGCUCACUUAAUUUGAACUACAGUUUGGGCAGAUGAAAACUGUUUUUCAUGAGAAUCUGACCUGUUUCAAUUUACUGUAUUAGAUACAGGGGUUUUUCACUCUCCUCAACCCCUCAAUAUUUCCCAUCUGAAAGCAUUCUGUUCAGAUCUCUGCUGACAUGGGUUGUGUGACACAAUGGCACUUGUCUGACUUUUUCCAUAGCCUUCCUUCCCAAUACAAUGGCAACAUACAAUAUCUCCAAACAAACACUAUUCUUCUUCAUCUUGCAAAACUGCAUUGAUUUUACAUUUUUAGCUCCUGUGGAAAGUGUUAGCAUUUUUCUUUCUUCUCCAGUCUUUAUGUUUGAAUGAUAAUAAGCUUGGUGUUUGGGUUUUUAAAAAAUUUCUUACAUACAGUCAAUAAAUCAGUCUGUAAAAGAAUUCAUAUUUUACUGUGUUUUACUGAGUGUGCAUUAUCUGUUGACUAGCAUUAACAUUAUAUUUAUAUAAAAUACUUCUUUGCACACAUAUGUACAUAUAUUUAUAGAUUACAAUCAUUUAUAUGAUAAUUUAAUUCUGUUGUAUUUUGUGUUUUGGUCUUUAUAUAUGCAG